AUGAGCGCUGCAGAUGGCAGCAGCCACAAUAUCUAUGUAUAUGGUGGUUUACAGGCCGCUAGCAGCGACGCGCUUGGUGACGUCUGGAUCCUCCCGCUUCCUGCAUUCCAUUGGAUUCCUGUCACCACGGGCUCGGCACCGCGAUCUGUGCCUGCCUGUGCUGUGGUGGCAGACAGAUAUGACUGGCCAUGCGUUCAGGCGCAAUCUGGUCUUGGGCUCUUCGACCUUACACACCUAGAUUGGACAUCCACUUAUGAAGCACCACCCGAGCAGUCCUCCUCGGUGACAAGCAAAUCUUCGACGACGUCGAAUUUAUAUGCUAUUCCCAGCCAAGUGUACAACAUCAUCUGCGGGAAUGUCGGUGGGGGUGCGACUGUGACGGCGCCUAGUGCUGGGUUUGCGACCAACACUGCUCUCGCCUCGAUAUUUGCGGACGCCGUCAAAGUGUCGGGCUCUUCCAGCAGCACAGCUUCCGCUGCCACUCCGUCCAUAGACAGCAGCCACACAGCUUCCGCGACUACUUCAGCCACAAGUAACGGCAGCACCGCCACCGGGUCACAUUCGAGCCAUUCGCAUGCCGGGGCUAUUGCCGGUGGUGUGGUGGGUGGCGUUGGCGGUCUUGUCGUUAUCGUUGCCAGUCUAAUAUGGGUCAAUCGUACGAGGCCAUACGAGGUUGACGGGAAUGAAAGGCACGAAGCUGGUGGAAGUGACAGGCAUGAAGCUGAUGGGAGUGAAAGGCACGAAGCCGAUGGUCAGCGCACAGCUCAACCGGCGGGUCUUCUUCCUCAGGAGCUCCAGGCGCCUCUCCAAUAG